AAGAAAUGAUACAUUGAGGAGCGCAUUGUAGAUAGUCCUCGGUUUAGCCUCGCACGGUGAAAGUGUAUCUCCACGGCAAGUCCAUCCAGAUUUAUUGCUGUUUUGAAAAGAUCUUAGUAACAGAACGUCACCAUACGUGUGAAACAAGCGCAGUGGGAUUAUGAUUCUGUCGUUGAUAGUGAUUUUGCUCGCUAUAUGUGGGCAUUUGGUGUGUACGAAGCGACUUGAUCCGAUAGUGUGGGACUCGAACACGUUUCCAAAUGGAGGACAGGCGUUGCAAGUCAAUAUGUGGGAUGAGGUUGCUAUUGUGUGCCCGCGAGAAGAAAACACCACAGAAGGACGAGAGAGAGCACAGUACAAUGUCAUAUACAUGGUGCCAAAACUUGGCUAUGAUGAAUGCCGGAUAAAUUUACCUGAAACACGAGUUUUACAUCGAUGUGAUGAGCCUUUCCAGGAAAACAGAUAUGCCUUGUUAUUCCAAGACUAUAGUCCUGUUCCUGGAGAUUUUGUUUUUGAACACGGAAGAGAAUAUUAUUAUAUAUCUGUGAGUAAUGACCGGAUUGAUGGUCUGAACAAAGUGUCUGGUGGAAAUUGUCAGUACAAACACACUAAGCUCAUUAUAAAACUCUGUUGUGGGAAUGCACCAACAAGAGUGCCUGCGGUUACAUUCUCUUCUUCAACAAAAGAAUCCAAUGUGAUCCCAGAUAAAACUACAUUGUUUGAAGAUGGUUCAGAAGACUAUGAGAGUAAGGAACACAACAGUGUCCAUGACAACAAAGAUGAUCCAAAGAAUGAUUUACUCUCAUCAUCAUCAUCAUCAAUGAGUAACUUGAUAAGGACAUCAUGUUUCAUUAAUCUAUUAUCAUUUUCUAUAGUUAGACUUUUUGUGUAAAUUGAUACACUAGUUUUUUUGUGAAAUUAAAACACACAUGGACAGACAGAUGGACAGACAGGCAGACAC